AUGGAUGAGUUAUUUACUCUUUAUGUUCACCAUGGUGGGCAUUUUACUUGGGACCCCCAACAGUAUGUGGGAGUAACAGUUAGUGUUGUGGAUAAUUGUGAUCUUGAUAGGUGGUCAAAGGUUGUUAAUCAUGAUGCUGCAAUAUUCAUGAUAGACUUAGUACAAGGUCAUAAAGAGAUUCACAUAUAUGUUGAUCAUCUAGUAGAUGAGCCUAAGGAGUUAGAAGUUGAGGAUAUUGAGCCAUUAGAGGUAUUACAACCUAGUGAAGAACCUAGUGUUGAGCCCUUAGGAGCAAAAGUUAGAAAUGGUCAGGCAUUAGAAGUUGUAGACCCUAAAGUUGUUAAAGUUGAUGACUUAGUAGAUUAUAAUGAUCGUGCUAGCUAUUAUGAAGAUGAGGUUGAUUCUGAAUGUGAUAAUAAUGACUAUAGACAUGAUAGUGGUAAGUUUGUUUGGCAUGAUUAUAAGGAGUAUAACAAUGAUAACCAUGAUGAUCCUAUUGAGGUAGAUGCUGAACAAUUCUAUUCUAGGAGGGGUGAGGAUGACAGUGAUGAUAACCAUCCUACUAUUGAUGAGGUAAACAACUCUGUCAAGAGAAGGAAGUUUCCAAUGUUUAAGCCAGUAGAUAAGACUGAGCAUAUUAUGUUUAAGAAGGAUAUGCUUUUUACUUCACUUAGGCAAUUUAAGGAUGCCAUUACUAAUUAUGCAGUUAAUGGAGGUUGGGGUGGUAGGCAUAUGUUCAGUGGGGAUGGACAAAGUGACACAGUGCUUAACAACAUGUGUGAAAGCUUCAACAACAGGAUUCUUAAGUUUAGAAGCAAGCCAAUAAUCAGCAUGCUUGAGUGCAUUAAGUUGUAUUUAAUGGGAAGAUUUCAAGCAAAUAGGGAGAUGAUUUUGAAGGUAAAGUUAGUAUUGUGUCCUAAGAUUAGGAAGAGAUUAUAUAAAGAGAAGAUGGGCAGCAGUACGUGGCUAGCAUGUUGGGCUGGUCAAAUCAAGUUUGAAGUGAAAAAUAUGCUAGAAAGUUUCACUGUGGACCUGGCUGAAUCCAAGUGUAGCUGUAGGAAAUGGGUCAUAGCAGGUAUACCAUGUGCCCAUGCAAUUUCCUGCAUAUUUUUCAACAAAAAGGAGGCUAAAAAGUAUGUGCAUGACUGUUACAAAGUGACUACUUACCAGGCUUGCUAUGAGCCACUUAUAGAUCCAAUUAAUGUGCAGAAUAUGAGAAGAUGCAAUGGCCUUCCACUUGUACAGCCUCCUAUCAAGAGAAAACCUUCUAGUAGGCUUAAGAAGAAAAGAGAUAAGGAGCCUGAUGAACCAAGAAGUGGAAGGAAACAAAGGGGAGCCAACAACAAAAGUGCACCUCCAACAUCAAAAACCUCCAACACUGCUAAUCUCAGAAGUGCACCUCCACACUCAAGUGAUACCACAUCCAAUCCAAGCCAGAAAAGGCAGAAGAAGAGUAGGGCAGUCACAUUUGAGACUCUCAAUGCAAUUGGUAAUGCAUCAAGGUACAUGGAGGCAAUGAGGUUUGCUGAGAGCCAAUUUUCUGUGCAUGGUCCAGGAAGAUAA